CAGUCCACCCCAGCUGAACGGUGACUGUACACAUUCAAGAUGGCUUCUGCGAUGGACGACGAGUUUGAAGACGCACCUGAUGUCGAGCCUUUAGAGCCAACUCUGAAGAAUAUAAUCGAGCAAAAAUCUCUGAAAUGGAUCUUCGUUGGCGGGAAAGGUGGUGUCGGUAAAACAACAUGUAGCUGUAGCUUAGCCGUCCAGCUGGCUGCUGUCAGGGAGAGCGUCCUCAUCAUAUCCACAGAUCCUGCCCAUAACAUCUCUGAUGCUUUUGACCAGAAAUUCUCAAAGGUGCCUACUAAAGUCAAGGGCUAUGACAACCUGUUUGCCAUGGAGAUUGACCCGAGCCUGGGAGUGGCAGAACUGCCUGAUGAAUUCUUUGAGGAGGACAACAUGCUGAGUAUGGGCAAGAAAAUGAUGCAGGAAGCUAUGAGUGCUUUCCCUGGCAUUGACGAGGCCAUGAGCUAUGCAGAGGUCAUGAGGUUAGUGAAAGGAAUGAACUUCUCAGUGGUGGUGUUUGACACUGCUCCCACUGGCCACACACUGCGUCUGCUCAACUUCCCAACCAUCGUGGAACGAGGGCUGGGUCGCCUCAUGAAAAUUAAGAACCAGAUCAGCCCCUUCAUCUCUCAGAUGUGUAACAUGCUUGGUCUGGGAGACAUGAAUGCAGACCAACUGGCAUCCAAACUGGAGGAGACGCUGCCAGUCAUUCGCUCCGUUAGUGAGCAGUUCAAAGACCCUGAACAGACCACCUUCAUCUGUGUGUGCAUCGCAGAGUUCCUGUCGCUCUAUGAGACGGAGCGGCUGAUUCAGGAACUAGCCAAGUGUCGCAUCGACACGCAUAACAUCAUCGUUAACCAGCUGGUUUUCCCUGAGGCAGAGAAGCCUUGUAAAAUGUGUGAAGCUCGUCACAAAAUUCAGUCCAAAUAUUUAGACCAGAUGGAGGAUCUUUACGAAGAUUUCCACAUAGUUAAGUUACCUCUACUGCCUCAUGAAGUACGAGGAGCUGACAAGGUCAACACAUUCUCCAAGCAGCUUCUGGAACCAUACAAACCUCCAAACAAGUGAAUUCCCACUUGUAGGACCUCAUACCCCCCACCACCCCCCCGUCUGUAGACAAAAUACUUCAACAGUCUAAACGCGCCUACUCUAUUUUCCCACCAUAACAGCCUCCUAAUGAUCCACGGUGUCCAUCGAGGCAGAACAUCACUACCCACACUCUAACACACACAGACUGCUGUACUGGGAGAUGAGACGCUGCAUAUAAACAGUCUAACUCUUUAAGUUUAUGUGUUCAUAUCCUUAGUGGCAGUGGUUCUAGUCUUACUGCAUUCAGCCCGGUCUAAACAGAAAACUUUUAUCCUCUGGCCGUAUUUAUUCGGCUCCAGCUUCAGAUGGUGUGAUGUCAGCACCUCCUUUUGUCUCUGAUUUGGCUCCUGUCCCCCCCCCUCGUAUUUGAGGAUAUCCCUGAAAUUUACGACUGUCUUCUUCAUCUCUGCAUAUUUAAUCUCAUCUAAAUCACUAUAACUGCAGAAAAAGCCAGGAUGCUGGUUUUAGAUCUUUAACAUUGUUUUAAUUUCAGUUAAAGCCUAAAAAUGCUUAAUUUGCUGUUUGUUCAGUUUUUGGUUAUUCAAAGUUGAGUUUAAGAUUUAAAUCCAUGUUGAAGACCAAAGUGGAACAUUUUAGUUAGUAAAGCUGAAAGUGUCUCCAGCUUCUCAAGAUACUUCUUAAACAUUGCUUAAACUUUAUGGGAUCACUGAGGAAGGGGAUCAUUAUUCUGAUAUUUACAAUAUAAACUGAUUGUGUCACAGUGACGUUUUGAGUUGAUUGUAUGAACCUUUGCUGUUGUGAAUGAAAUCCAUCCUCUGGUUUGAUUAACACUUCGCCAACAGGAACAAACAUGGUGUUUAAAAGGUCAAUAUUUCUGACGGGGUUUCAUAUCUUUUCUCUGUCGAUGAAUGCUUCAAGAAUCUGUUUUCUAUAGGUUUUAUUUAAAUUAUUUUCCAAAUUGUGAAUUAAAACAAACUUU